CUGGUAAGCAAAACAAGAGGACCAAACCCAAAGAACGCGCAACUCAAGACGCGGCUGAGCCAGGCAGAUACUUUGGCCUCUUCUAUAUCCUCCCGCGUAGUUCCCUUGCCCCCAAACCUCCGCCAAAGAUGAAUAUCAUCAAGCUGCAAAAGAAAUACCCCCAGUUCCAGCAGGGCGAGAUCUUUGGGCUGCAAGAUGCUUUCCGCAAGCUCGACAUUGACGACAAGGGCUAUCUCGACGAGGCAACGGUCAUCAAGGCGACGCAGCAGACGGAGCACCAGCCCUACGAUGUGGUGCGACAAGCCCUGAAAGAGGUCGAGCUCGACAGCUCGCGGAGAGUAGAACUCGACGAUUAUGUGGAUCUCAUCUCCAAGCUACGCCAAUCCUCUCCCGCCCAGCAGCGCAUGCACACAGGCCCAACCCGCCCUCGAGCUGGCACCGGCGGCACUGGCAGCCUCCCCUCGACCCCUGGGCACGCCUCGAAAGGCAGUGUUGGCGGCGGUGGCGGCAGGAUCCAGGUCCAAGGUUCCUCCGCAAACGUUACUCAUACCAUCAACGAAGAUGAGCGAACCGAGUUCACGCGCCAUAUCAACGCCGUCCUUGCUGGUGACGCAGAUAUCGGCGACCGCCUGCCCUUUGCGGUCGAUACCUUUGAGAUGUUCGAUGCGUGCAAGGACGGCCUGGUCCUGUCUAAGCUCAUCAACGACAGCGUGCCCGAUACCAUCGAUGAGCGUGUGCUGAACAAGCCGGGCAAGAAGAUCAAGUCGCUGAACAACUUCCACUUUACCGAGAACAACAACAUCGUCAUUGAGUCGGCCAAGGGUAUUGGUUGCUCGGUCGUCAACAUUGGCAGUGGAGAUAUUAUUGAAGUGCGCGAGCAUUUGAUUCUGGGCUUGAUUUGGCAAAUCAUUCGGAGAGGUCUGUUGGGCAAGAUUGAUAUCAAGCUGCAUCCCGAGCUGUACAGGCUUCUAGAAGACGAUGAGACACUCGAGCAGUUUCUGCGCCUGCCGCCGGAGCAGAUCCUGCUGCGGUGGUUCAACUAUCAUUUGAAGAAUGCCAAGUGGCACAGAACUGUCACCAACUUCUCAACUGAUGUCAAGGAUGGAGAAAACUAUACUGUUUUGCUCAACCAGCUGGCGCCCGAAACCUGCUCUCGCUCCCCGCUUCAACAGAACGAUCUCCUCGAGCGCGCCGAGAUGGUGCUUCAGAACGCUGACGCUCUCGACUGCCGCAAAUUUCUGACCCCAAAAUCUCUCGUAGCUGGCAACCCCAAGCUGAAUCUCGCCUUCGUCGCCAACCUUUUCAACACACAUCCCUGCCUAGACCCCAUCACUGAAGAGGAGAAGGCCGAGAUUGAAGACUUUGAUGCCGAAGGAGAGCGCGAGGCACGUGUUUUUACCCUUUGGCUCAACUCUCUCGACGUCAAGCCCGUUGUACAGUCAUUCUUCGAAGACCUCAAGGACGGCACCGUCCUCCUCCAAGGAUACGACAAAGUCAUCCCAGGCAGCGUAAACUGGCGCCACGUCAACAAGCCUCGGGAAGGCCAGGAGCUGAUGCGCUUCAAGGCUCUGGAGAACACCAAUUACGCCGUCGAGCUCGGGAAGCAGGUACAAUUCUCGCUCCCCGGUAUUCAAGGCGCCGAUAUUACCGACGGCCAGCGCACCCUGACCCUCGGCCUCGUGUGGCAACUCAUGCGAAAGGAUAUUGUGUCUACUCUGAAGGGCCUCGCACAACGCCUCGGCAAGCGCGAAAUCGCCGACGCAGAUAUGAUCAGGUGGGCCAACGACAUGGCGCGCAAAGGUGGCAAGAGCACCCAGAUCCGGUCAUUCAAGGACUCGGGCCUUAGCAAUGCUGUCUUCUUGCUUGAUGUCUUGGCUGGCAUGAAGCCCGCCUACGUUGACUACGACCUGGUAAAUGCAGGGCGCAAUGAAGACGAGUGCUACCAGAACGCCAAGUUGGCCAUCAGUAUUGCGCGAAAGAUGGGCGCGACCAUCUGGCUUGUCCCCGAGGAUAUUGUCGCGGUACAGAGUAGGCUGAUUACAACCUUUAUUGGUAGCUUGAUGAGUACGCAUGAGAAGAUGGGUGGGUCGUAGAACUCGAGGGUCCCGACAAACGAGCGGACGGGACGACAUGAUUUUGCGAGUCGAUGAGCGAACGGGUCACGAAAAAGGGUUUCUUUUAUUAUAGUUUUACACGAAAAUUCACAAAGAUUGUUCAUACCUCGCCG